GUGUACACCUGGCAUGGGAGUCUUACUGUCCUAAAUACAAUGAGGCUUUGUGCUCGAAGGCAGUAGGUUUUUUGAGGUAAGAUAAAAAUAGAUAGGGAAGCAGUUUCUGAGGUUGCAACCAGGAGGUUAGAGAACAGAGAGGGGGCGGUACACUAACGUGUGGAGAAGGGGGUGGACAGGUGAGAGACGUGGAAGGACAGAAUAGGGUCACGCAGAGAUGGGGAGCAGAAUUAGGAGAAUUUGGGACUAAGAAAAUAUUCCCCCCUUAAAAAUAAAGAAUCCGCCAUAUUUAAAGGAUUUACCAGGCAAGUGCCAAGUGCGGGUGAUGGGAGAGAAGUGAUUGUGGAACUUAAGUGCUUCCGGUUGUUUAUUGUUAAUAUUUCGAGACAGGGCCGUAUUAUGUACUGGCUAGCCUGGAGCUCGCUUGCGUAGAUGAGGCUGGAGUGGAAUUCAGAAGUCCACCUGCCUCUAUCUCCCAGAUGCUGGGGUUAAAGGCGUGUGCCCCAAUGCCUUGCUAUAGCUUCAGCUUUAUUGAAGGUUUUCCUCCCUUGAAAGUUCAAAUUGACUUUAUCUCAAAAACCCCCAUCCCCUCCCUCCUUUCACAUGUGUAGCCCAUACUGGUUUGAAAUUGGAAGUGGAGCCUCAAGUAGCCCUGAACUCACCCUCCUAAAUGCUAGGAAUACAGAUGAGUGGGCUCAUUUAUAUUGAAGUUCAGAGAGUUCAAAUGAAUGAGGUCUUUGGAAUUUAGCCCAGUUCCUCUAAUGCAAGAUAUUUCAUGGGCCAUUAAUUUGGAGAAUUUAUCUGAUGUUUCAGUUAUCCAUCCAGUUUGGUUUGGUGACAAUGGCUAAAUUUUUCAGUUAGUAGAUUAUGCUGAAUAAUUUCUAAAAUGGGUCUAGGGCAAGUUUCUUACCAGUUUAGCUUUUUUCCUACCACCCCCUUUGCUUAAGCUUCUUGAUGUGAGAUGUAGGUUGCAGUUGAGAUAAUAACCGUAGCCACCACUUAAUUGUAUCUGUAGUGUGUUAAGUCUUAAUUCUUGUUAGUAACCUUGUGAAACUGAUGUGCUGUGAAGUUUCCUAUUUUAUAGGGAGAAAUAUUGAGACUUGGGGUGUAUUUGAUGUAUUUUUCACACUGGCUUUAUAGUUUUUGGUGUUGUGCUUUAUUUUUCUGAGACAGAGUCUCUGCUGCCCUGGUUGGUCCGGAACUAACAGUGUAGACCAGGCUGGCAUUGAACUCACAAAGAUCCACCUGUUUCUGCCUCUUGAGUAAUGGGACUAAAGGUGUAUUCUACCAUACCCGUAUAGAAUUUUAAGACUAGCCUUGUCUACAUAGUGAGUACCAAGCCAACCAGUGAUACACAGUGAGACCCUGUCUCAAAAAGGCCAAAACCAAAUUUUUUUUGUUUUGUUUUUUAUUUUUCAAUACAGUCUAUAUACCUGACUGUCUUGGAACUUGCUAUAGAGCAGGCUGUCCUUGAACUCAGAACUCAGGAGAUCUGCCUGCCUCUACCUUCUAAGUGCUGGGAUUAAAGGCAUGAGCUACCACCACUUGGCUCCAUUUUUUUUUUUAUUAAUUUAUGUAGUGUGUGGUUUGUGAGUUUCUGUGCGUGGUGUGGGAGUUGAGGUCCAAAAACCUAUUCAGUUCUUUCUGUCUGUCUUUACCUGGGCACUAGAGAUUGGAUUCAGAUCACUAGUCCUAUGGGGCAAGUACCUUUACUCACUGAGCCAUCUAGCCAUCCCCUACCCUAAAAGUAAUGUUUAUUACAUAUUUCAAUAUAUAAAAAAUUAAGCAAGGUAGCAUAAUAAUUAUACUUACUGUCCAGGUUUAUCUUUCAUCUCUAUAUUUGUUGAGUUUCUUGUUACUGAUUAAAAAAAAACAAACAAAAAACUUGGUAUGGUUCCCAUAGUUCUAUGGAGGCAAUGAAAGGAAGGAGAAUCAGGAAAUUUAGGUCAUCCUUGGCCACAUCUUUGGCAAGUUUCAGGAUAGCCUGGGCUAUAUGAGACCUUGUCUCAAAAAACAAAACAAAAAAAUAACAAGACUGAUUUUAUAUCUCCUGCCAUUCUUAUUUUCUUGCCACUACUGGUUCUUGCUAUCCUGAAUUUGGUGUUUUUUAUAAUUUCGUGAUGUGUAAAUGUGUCCAUAGAAACUUCCUUUAAUAGAUAAUUGUGGUGGGGAAAAGGUAGGAAAUCUUUAGAAGACAUUAGUCUGUUGCAUUUUUGUAGGCCUUGUUUAGAUGCUGGUGUGUUUGCUUUUCCUUGAGCCUGAAAAAUAUGAAUAAGAGAAUUAGAAAUUUGAACAGGAGCUUAGGAGUUUAAGAUUUUUUUUGGGGGGUGUGUGUGUGUGUGUAUAGAUGCUUUGCCCGUAUGUAUGUCUGGUAUCUGCAGAGAUCAGAAGAGGUGUGAGAUCCCUUGAAACCAGAGUUACAGACAGUUGUGAGCCUCCAUGUGGGUGCUGGGAAUGGUACCCAGGUCCUUUAGAAGAGCAGCCAGUGCUUUUAGCCGUUGAGCUAAUGAUGUAGUGCCUGAGCUUUGUUUCAGAAUAAUCCAGUAAAGGGAAGAAAUGAAUGGAGUUAGAGGUUGGCAGUAGAUUGUAGUUCAGGUGGCUGAGUGGUGACUGUGAAGGUUCAUUAUGUUACAAGGUUUUGUUGUUAUUUUGUCUUUUUUGGUUUUUCGAGACAGGGUUUUUCUGUAGCUUUGGAGCCUGUCCUGGAACUAGCUCUGCAGACCAAGCUGGCCUUGAACUCACAGAGAUCCACCUGCCUCUGCUUCCAGGGUGCUGGGAUUAAAGGCACGUACCACCAAACAACUACUUACUUGUUUUAAAUGAUAAUAAAAAAAUUUUUUUUGAAACUCAGGAAUUUUGCAAAGAAAAUGAUUUGUGGGAGCUAAAAUUUAUUUCUGUCUUUCUUUAUGAUGUUGUUUUGGAUGGUUUUGCCAUUUGGGAUAUUAUGAAAGAAGCUCAAAAGAGUCAGUUUUGUGUCUUUGGAUGAUGGCCAACAUCUGUGAGGUCAAGAGCAGCUUCUGAUGCAUUUUAAGGAAGGUGGGAGUCAAUCACUUUGACAAGUCUCCUGAAAGGAACAGCGGCAGGAGUUGAAACCUUUUUCCAUUUGGUCUCGUGGCAGAGGCAGAGAUUGCUCCAGCAGCUCCGCACAAUAUGACGUGCUCACUAUUGCCCUCUGAACAGUCUUCUGGCUCCUCUUUCUUGCCUGAAGCAAGUGCCUCAUGUCCUUGGGGUUCCUUCGCUGAAGAUGACUUGGAUGACUCCUUGUUGGAGUUUUCUGAUGGAGAGGAAGACGAUGGCCAUUUCAGUUUCACAGAGGAAGAGAUUGAGAUGCUGUUGAAGGAUGACGGUGGGCAUGAUGAGUGUAGAGACAGAAAGUGUCAGACCCUACCUGGUACUCCUCAAGAAAAUCCUUUGCGCAGCUUGGGACCAGCAGCUGUGACCCCUGGCUUCUUCAAACUACCUCAAUUAAGUACAUCAAUUGGUCAUGGACCAACUCCUAGUAAAUCAUUGAACAGACACUUUGUACUUGAAAAGAAUCUUAUAAAAGUAACUGUUGUUGCACCGUUUAAUCCAACAGUUUGUGAUCCUGUGCUUGAUAAGAACAAGAUCGAUUCCUCCAAAGAUACGGAAAAACCUGCCUCCCUUGGGGAACAGACGAGAGAAGAUGACCUUCAUCCUAAUGAGAGUAAACGUUGCACUGAGCCUGAAGGGGUCAGUCCCAGUAACUCUGCUUGGGAUGGGCCCCUGCUUUCUUCUCCUUCAAACAAUAACAUCGAACAAACUGCCUCUGAUAAAAAUAUACCUGAAAGUAAGAAACCUAACCCUGUGUUCUCUCAGAUCUCCAACCAUUCAGAGGUACCUAACAGGGGAUCAUCCUGGAAAAAUAGUGGAUCACAUAAAUCGGGGUGUGAAGUGAGAAAUCCAGUUGUGUCCAGUUCAUCGAACAGACAUGCCCCUGACAAGGACCCUGGGGAGGUGAAAGCUGAGAGAAGACUGGGCAAAGUCAUUCCUGUCCUGCAGUCCAGAACCAGGAUGUUUUCACAGUCAGAUCUAGAAAAAAAGAAGGACAUUUAUCUCAGCAAAGUCAUUGCUCAUAUAGAAGACCCAGGGGAAUCCAACCAAGGUCCCUUGGGAGAGCUAGAUACCCUAAUGGAUCAAGUGCAUAUGCAGAACCCAGACUGGCAGCAUCCUUCGGAUCUCACUACACGAAAUUAUGCCCGGUUCCGACAGAAACCUCUACAAAGAUACAGCCUGAGUCAGUGGGUUGACAGAAACAAGCGGAGCCACCACCGUUUCCAGCGUCUCCCUGACUUCUCAUACAGUCCAUAUGUUUCAUCCCAUCAACAGUGACAGUCCUUACCCAGGGUCCAGUCCAGAGUAGCAUCUUAUUUUCCUCUGCUGUUUUUGUUUGUAUAUUUUGAGUUUUAUUUUUCACAAGAUUUCUAUUUAAAGAAUUUGUCACCUUUUGGAGAUGUUUGAAAAUGCCCGUAAUGUCUUUUUUUUUUUUUAUGAGAAUCCUCCUGAUUUGUGUCUGUCUAUACACGUUUCAACUUCAGCAGUGUAGUUUUUUGGUUUUUUUUUUUUUUUUUUUUUUGAAUUUAAGAUGAAGGUAGCUCCCUUUUGAAGGCCUGCAUUAAAUCAGAACAUCCAGUCUUAAGUAAGAUACCAGCUCUAAGCACAGUCUACUUGUACUAUCCCAAGGAAAUCAUCUUCCAGUCUGCUGUAAGGAGGGAUUGUUCUGCAGGCUACAAGCCAGUGUUACUGUUGAUGACUCGUGAAUGGGGAGAGAGCACUUCUAACAACUCCUCUUUUUAAAUUUGAGUCUCUUGAGUACUUGUCAGUAUUUUAAGGUUGGUAAUUCAGGACAUUUAAAAUAAGAUGGAGUAGGAGAAAAGUCCUGUUGAAAGGAUGGAUAAAAAUGUAAAUCCUCUCCUUUCUGUACCUGUUAGCUGCCUUUAUGGUUUUGAAUUAUUGGCUUUUUUCAUUCUCUAUUAACUAUAUCUUCCUCACAGUGUUUGUCAACCUUACACAUUUUAACUGACAAAAGACAGCUGACUAACCCUUGUUAAAUACUCCAUAGUCUUGUGACUAGUUGGUUUCUCUGUCCCUUCAGGGAUUUUUUUUUCUCUCACUCCCAGUGACCACUCUGCUCCUGGGUUUUUACAGAGGUGUUGUUGUGUCUGUAAAUGGUAAAUGUAGACACACCUUUCAGAUACCCUCUGUUUACUGAAAAGCUUUUACCAGAAUCUAGAUGUCUGGGAAUCUUCAGUUUCAUGAGCAGAACCCCAAGUUUAUGUGUUGAUGUUAUUCAGGGGCCUCCUUCCUGGGAAGCCUUUGGAGAGGCCCUCUUUCCCUCUCUAGCUUUACACUCUGGAUGUUAGGAUUUGGUCCGACUCUUACCAUUUCACAUCAGUACUCAAGAACAUCUAGGGAAGUUAGGAUUGAGCCCGUGCAUCACAGUGUUGCCUGAUAUUCUAACCAAAGCUGAAGGCUUUGUGUGUCUGUAUUAGUGGAUGUCUUACAGGCAGCUCCAGACAUCAUUUUGGGAAGUUUUACAGUAUGGCGUCAUGCUGCUAUCAUUCCCUUUGUGGAGGUUACUCAGAGUUCUGCAGCUGCUCUCUGGGUUUCUUUCGUCAGUCUCAUUUUUUUUUUUUUAAUGUGGAUAACCCAUCCUAAAUAUUCUACUCCACUUUAGAAAAGUGAUUUGGGGAAGGAAGUUUGAGACAGGGUUUCUCUGUGCAGCCCUGGCUGUCCUAGAACUCGCUCUGUAGAACAGGUUGACCUCACUCAGAGAGAUCCGCCUGCCUCUGCCUCCCGAGUGCUGGGAUUAAAAACAUGUGCCACCACCACACCAUUUGGCUAGAAAAGUAACUUUGAUUUAGGAAGAUUUUGAUUUUUUUUUCCCCAAGUCUUCAGUGGGUUUGGAUAAAUGUUCCCAAGUGUUUGUUGGUUUUAUCCAGUCAAGGAUUUUCUUUCUUACUAAUUCUUUUUAUAUGUGUCGGUCAAGGGGGGUGUUUUAUUUUUGAGACUGGGUCUCUUAUAUAGCCUAGAUUGGCCUUCAAUGCACUAUUUAGCCCAAGAUGGUCUUAAACUUCCAAUCUUCCUGCCCCACCUCUCAAGUACUGGGAUUACAGGUGUAUAUCACUGUGUCCAGCAAGAAUUUUCUUUUCUUUUCUUUUUUUUUUUUUUUAAACCCCAAGGCAGUGUUUCUCUGUGGAGUCCUGGCUGCCCUGGAACUCGCUCUGUAGACCAGGCUGACCUCAAACUCAGAGCUCUGCCUGCCUCUGCCUCAAGUACUGGGACUAAAGAUGUGGGCUACCAUGCCCAGUUUUUGACUUUUUUUUUUUUCCCCAGCAAGGAUUUUCUAUUUGUUGAUUUAGAUCCUGUGGCCAGCCCUUCGAAGGCAGUAGUCUAAUCUCCUCUCAGUUGGCAUAAUUAUUGUUUACUUGUCCAAGAUGCUGUAAAUUACCCUGAUAGGAUGAGAUAUGCCAAAUAGAAGUCCACCUUUGGGACCAAAACAAAGUUAAAAUUUAAUCUAGCUGAAGUAGUAGCCCCCACAGAUAGCCCAGGGAGUGAAAUACAGCAUUUGCUUAGGAGAAAUCUGAGAUGCUGUUCUUCUGGGACUGUGGGGUUAAAGACUGAAUGUAUAAUGGGAGCAUUGCCUUUGCCAAAUCAGAUGAGUGACAGGUUAACUAGAAAAAUGUGACAAUCACAUUUCCUCUAGCUCAGAUAAUUCUGUUUUUCCACAGUGUUAGCAGCCUAAUUGAAUCUGUUGGACUGGGGGAGGAGAGCUGUUCUCUGCUGGUUAACAUGGCAUUCUUUAAGGCGAAAAACAAAGCCAAAGAAAACUGGCAUGUUGGCCUUAAAGAUGGUAAUGGGCAGAGUCCAGACUUUAAUCCCUGCAUAUCUCUUAUAUUAGAUUUGGUAUUGGCCUCUAAGUUUUGUAUUACAGAUUAAAUUCAUGCUGUAUUUUUAAAUUUGAGUAAGGGUUAUGUGCAUUUAACUCUACCUAGCUUUUAUCAUCCAUGAUGACAUUCCUAUCACAGGGGUCUUGACAAAGCAAAGUAAAAAUUUGCUAUUUAAAUAGUUCACUUGUAAGUAAGAAGCCUGAGUAGCCAGUAUUUUGGCAUCUGAUAUGGCCUCUGAACUUGUCUUGUUGUUGGGAUCAAUUAUGAAACUGAAGUUUGGUGCCUCUUUUUUUUUUUUUAAUCAUGUUUUUCCCCUUGUAGCAGUUGUGUUUAAUGUCAUUAAAAAGAAAUAAAAGUU